UCCUUGAUACUUUUGCAGGUUAUGUUUGUCAGAUGUCAGAAUUCUUUAUGAAUCGUUGAGCAAGCUUGUAAGAGCUUCUGGUUCAGCGCUGUUCAAUUUUGGUAAAUAAAUUGAUUACCUCGACCAGAAUUAGUUUAAAAUGGCAUCUGUUGAGAAAGGUAAUCCUGAGAAACCCGGACAGGAAACUGCCCAAAUUCACCACAUUAGAAUAACUUUAACUUCCCGGAACGUUCGUUCUUUAGAAAAAGUAUGUUCUGAUCUGAUUGAUGCUGCCAAGAAGCAAAAACUGAAGGUAAAGGGCCCCGUACGUAUGCCAACGAAGAUUCUACGUAUUACUACCCGUAAAACACCUUGUGGGGAAGGAUCAAAAACUUGGGAUAGGUUCCAGAUGAGAAUCCAUAAGAGGGUUAUUGAUUUACAUUCCCCAUCCGAAAUUGUGAAACAAAUUACAUCAAUCAACAUUGAGCCAGGUGUUGAGGUAGAAGUAACCAUUGCAGAUGCCUAAAUGUUUGUUUUAUAAACUAUUUUUAUAAGAAAUAAAGAUGUUAU